AUGCAAAAUUGUAACAGAGAGACUAAGUUGAUUUACCGAACGUUGGGCGACAAAUUUUUUGUGAUCAACAAACCUGUGAACUGGACAUUAACGAGGAAGAAAGCGAAACGGGAAGAGGAGGGGGGAGGGCGAUUGGCCCCAACGGGUAAGAAGCCCUCUCCCCCGUUAAGCAAAAGCAGUAACAUAACUAAAUCGGUGGAAGAAACAGACUGCCCAAAUGACAAACGGAGAAGUAGCCUGCACACGAAAAAACACCUUCUUAGCCAGUUGAAGAAGUUAAGUAGCGCUGAAAAAAAUGCCUUCCUUUAUACAAAUUCUGCGUUGUACCUCUAUAACGACUUCAACUUCAAUCUGAGGGGAAACUCCACAGAGCAUAACCGUAAGGAUAAAAUUGCGGAGAAGCAUUACGUAGAGUCUCUGCUAAAUUGUGAGACGAACGGGGCUGUGUACUACCCGUAUAAGCUGCCUACAUACAUGAGUGGUCUUGUCAUAUGUUGCCGAGAUUUACUCAUUUACAAGAAAUUUCUGCAGAUGAUUGGGGAAAACAAGCUGGUGCGAAAGUACAGAUGUUUGGUGAACAACCCGUUCGUCUUUGUGGAGGGUAACAAAGUGGAGUUCCUUCGAGAGGAACCAAGCAGAUGUUCCUAUGCACACAGAAGCAAAAACGAGGGGGAAAACAAAAUUGACGGAAGAAAAGCUAUCCUUUUUAUAAGAUCCCUACAAGCACAGAAGCAAGUGAGUGAUAUGUUUCCUUAUCAUAAUUUUUUCGCGGACAAUCCGUAUUCCUCCAGCUACUGCUACCGCUUGGCUGAAUUAACGAUUGAUGAGUGGAAGGGGAGGGUACACCCCACGACGUGUAGAGCAAACAAAGAGGGGAACAACAAACAUAGGAGUAGCACACCUCAUAGAGGGGGGAGAUGCACAACAAGCAGAGAAGAAAACCCCCUCCAUUUUGACCACUUCGUUUCUGCCUUUCUGAGAAGAAGCCCCCCAGUGAAGAGCCUUAAUCGUUUUCUGUCCAACCUUCUCAGCAAUGGCACUACGCUGAAGGGAAGCGGCGAAUACGAUUUAGGGCACGAGAAGGAGCUCCAAGUGAGUCCCCCCAUUGGGCAGGCGGAGCAGGAGAAACAUAAGCAUGGCAACCCAAGUGUGAGUCUACCAUAUGGUGGGCACUUCCCUUACGAUGUGGAGAUGCAAAAUGGAAGUCUCUCCAAAGAUGGGAAGAUAAAAUUUCCUUUAUCUUUGUACUUCAACGAGGGGAACUUUUUUACCCUUGACAAACGCUUCGAGGACAACUCCGUGCCUGUGUCAAUGGUUUACAGGGUGGAGAGCUAUAGGGACUACUUAAGGAGGAAUGCAAAAGCGUUGUUGGAGGAGGGGCAGGGUGUAAAUUUAGCCCUAGAUAAAUAUUGCAACGUUUUUAUUAUCCAGUUUAUCCUUCUGGAGAAUGCCAAGCCUGACUUGGUCAGGCACUUCUUUAGCGAAAUGAAGACCCCCAUAAUUAAUGACAACAUAUUUGAUGGGAAUUCUUUCAAACGGGAUGUAAUUGGUGAAGUGAUUUUGGAGCAGCUGGAGGGGAGUCACGCGGAUUCUUCGCCACGUGUGGGGGGUUCUCCCCUCUUCGAUGUGGAUACCCACUUGGGUGUCGCAUUGGAUGACGCGCAGUCUACCACCUGGGGGCUUCAAAACCGCGAUGGGAAAGUUAGAGAGUAUUUGCUUAAGGCGAGGGCCCCCCACGUCAACGCGUUCACCAUCCCUGGGGCGGGGGUGGCUCCGCAGGGCCCCGAGCAGCAGGUGCAUCAAGUGCAAAAUGUACAAACGGCACACCCCAGCAAUUUCAUCAUACAGGAGAGUCCACGUGGAAGAAACGACGAAGAAGGGAAGCUCUCCAGUAAAAACGCGAACCUGUGCCUCGAACUAUUCCAGCUGCAGUUUUUGGAUCCAAUCAGCGGGGAUCACGUGAAGAUAGAAAAUUCCCUCCCCAGCGCAUGGCUUUAA